AAUAUGGUCAAAAACUAAAAGAGGAUCAGUGUGUGUUUAAAUCAUGGCAUAUAACCGAGACUGCUUGUUAGUGUAUAAUGAUUGAGCUACAUGUAAAAUUUAAUACUAUUUGGUAUAUAGUUUUAAUAAUUUCCUCUAUAUCAACUGGUAUAAAAUCAGGCGAUCCUGCUUGUUGCUUUGUUAGCCCAAGGGGUAUCACCAGAACAUAUGUCAGUAAAAUGUCACCUAUAAAAAACCAUUUCAUGGAAUCAAGUCAAUCUCAUUUUAGUACAAAGAAUAGUACUCGUGUUAUAGCACAGAAAGGUGGUUUGGCUGUUUUACCGUGUGUCGUCAAACUAAAUUCUCCAGCAACAGUAAGUAUUGUAAUUAUAUGCAAACAUUGUACUUAUAAAUAUGUACAUAUACACCCUGCCCAGAAAAUAUCGGGAAUUCCUCAUUUAAAUCUCCUGCUUAUAUGAAAGACAGGUAAAUUU